AUUAUAUUUUGAAAACAGAUUAUCUCCCUUAUACAGAAGAAAAGAAAUGAACAGCUGAACUGUUUUGAAAAAUGACAGCAUGGAUAUUUAGAAGCUGCAACUCAGUUCUUCAAAAGCACUCCACAUUCUGUGCACGGAAAUCUAUUUUUCGGUCGUUCAAGAUUGGAGAAAAGUUACCAAUAGUGUCUGUGUAUGAAGAUACCCCUGACAAGAAAGUGAAUCUCCAAGAAUUAUUUAAGAAUAAAAGAGGUGUAUUGUUUUCUGUAGUUGGUGCAUUUACACCUGGGUGUACAACGGCACAUCUUCCAGAAUAUCUUGAAAACUUUGACAGAUUUAAGGAGGAAGGAUAUGAUUUGAUAUGCUGUAUUUCUGUUAAUGACCCCUUUGUAAUGUCAGCUUGGGGUAAACAGGUCAGCGCUGAAGGAAAGAUAACAAUGUUGGCAGAUCCUAAAGCAGAGUUUACUAAAGCUAUGAAUAUGGAUUUGGAUUGUACUAAACUUCUAGGAAAUGUUAGAUCUAAAAGGUACUGUCUGAUAAUUGAAGAUGGUAUUAUCAAAAGUAUAAUGACUGAACCUAACCAUACAGGACUGGCUUGUUUAUUGUGCAUAAAAAACUUUAGUAAAGGAACCAGGAUAAACACAGAACAUGGUACUACUAGAUAACAUUGAUACAGUUCCAAAGAAUUCAGAAAAACAAUGCAGGGAUUUACUAUGCAGGAAUAUUAGGUGCUACAUUGUAUUGAACAUUAGACAGUAUAUCCAGGCUUAAUAUGCAGUGACAAUGCAGAUUAACAACAUUUUUAGAUAAACACUGUUUACAUACUAGUCAUUAUGUUUAUACAAAUACUGGUAGCAAAAUUUUACCACCUCCUUUUUAUUGAUCCCUAGUUACCCUGUUUUAAAAAUCCUAGACCCCCUUCUGAAUAGUUUUUUUCCUUAUCUAGUCUUACACUAGGGUUAUUGCACAAUAUAGGAGUAUAAUUUUGGUAGAAAAAAAUCAUGUUGCACAAAAUUGUAAAUGAUUUGCCAUAUAUAUGUUUGUUUUACACAUUGUUGUACAUAAAAAAAAAAUGGUUGCAAUUUUCUCAGUAACUACAAAACACAUAGUCCUGUUUGUUUUUUUUACUUAAUUUAAAUUAUGUCUAUGCUAAACCAUUUGCUUAUCUACUUUCUGUUGUCUGCUUCCAAAUUGUUUGGUAUGUACAAUGUACAUGUAUUCCUUAUUUUGUUGGGUUAUAAAUAGUGGGCAGUUUUGUAUGGUUAGCAAUAAAGUCAAGAUUUUGAAGUAUAAUUGCUUACAAUUUCUUUUUACAUUAAAUCAAUAAGUGUAAUACUAGGGAGACAUCAAAAGAUCAAUGAAGGAUAAAAAACUUAAUUGAAAUAGUUUGGGGGUGGGGGUUUAAACUUGCUGCAAGUUUUGUUUAUCCUACAUCGAUUUUACAUAUAUCCAUAUGGGUCAAUCAAUUUUCCCCAAAUUAAGUUAAGAGGGGGUAGAGGGGUCUGUAAAAAAAACAAUCUGAAUAAAGUUUUUUAUCGUACAAUGUAUAUUGAACUAUUGAUGUA